GAUCGACACAUGCCGAAAACAGAAGAAGCAGAACGACUAUUGGAAGAAGGUGCCGCCGGCAGCGGCUGGCCAGUGCAGCAGCCUUCCACAUCGCCAAAUUACCUCUUCUGUUGCCCGUGGAUUGUAUUUGUCCCCAUUUUUGGCAUCGUCUUCUUCGUGGUCGUUGCGAUUGGCCUUUGGCUCGUCGUGAACCUUGCAUGGGUCGUAGGGCUGCUCGUGGGUCUGCCGGUGUCUUUUGCCCUGGUCUACUACUGGUUCUGGCGAUGUUGCCCAGGGUAUUGGCCAACUGACCUCUACGAGAAGGUGAUAUACACGGUACAUAUGCUGAUGACCAUCAACGCCGCAGUCCCAAAUGCUGGUCCUGAGUUCAUGCCCGUAUCGGGUCUGCGUCCACGAGAGCAGCUACCAAAGGGCCUGAUGGACUACGCGCUUUUCUUGCAGGUGCCGUACGGCUCGGCGGACGAGUUCGAGUUGUCAAGCGAGACUGUUCUCGAGAAAUCCUUGACGUUCCUUCCUCAGUCUGAGCACUUGAAGACUUUUGGUCCAGACGAGAACCCGGUGGAGUUUGUCAUGAAUCAGAUGUCCUCGAUAUACCCGCCGAUCUACCAGGAGUGGCCGGAUAAAUGGAGCGACACGGCCCUUGUCCGCUUUUGCCUCCACGGUCUCGGUGCACACCGCUUGGGCGUGGAGAUCCGAGAUGGAAAGAAGCUAUUCGUGAUCAAGACCAACGCUCUUUCUGGACUCCCUGUGCGGGAAGGUUUCGAGAGAUAUGGUGGUGACAUGUACUUUGACAAAGACUGGAAGCCGGUGAUGAUCAUCGAUGCGGGCCACGGCCCGCUACGCCAAGAUGGAAUUCAGGAGACGGUGACCACAAAGCCUGGAGAAGCAGGGUGGGAGCGAGCGAAGUUCCGAUUCCGCUCCUCCCUUUUUACUCUGGUUACCCUGGUGGAUCACUUGUACGAUAUCCAUCUCCAGAAGUCGAACCUUUUCGUCACAGCGAUGAGAGAGCAGAUGUCUUCUGACCAUCCCGUACGCCGAUUCAUGACGCCGUUUACGUACCGGACGAUCACCGUGAAUGACAACGCUUUCCACAAUCUGCUGACAAAGAAUGGCAUGGCUCCGCGCUGCUUUGCGUUCACGGACCACGGCUUCGGGCUUGCGUUGGCAGCCGGCCCAUCCCUUGUGCUCGAUGGAACAGAGGUUCCUGCAGAUGCCGGUGGUCCGAUUCUGUUUCGCGCUGACUAUGUGGACUACCUCAAGAGUAAAGGUAUCGACACGGUUUACUGGAGACAAGUAUCACAACUUUUCCAACUCUAUUUGCGUUUCGUCCUUGCCUACUUGGAGUGCUACUAUCCCAACAAGGAGGAUUUCGCGAAUGAUCCUGAAAUGCUGGCUUUGGUCAGACAAUACUUCUAUCAGUUGGAGACGGCUGGGCCAAACAUGCUAAGCCAGAGAGUAGACUUCACAAUGCAUCAAUCCAGUGGCAAAAUCGACGAGAAGUACAUGUUUUACGCCAUGUACUUGGCCGAGAUCAUGUUCUGGGCAACCGCUGGCCAUGAGCAAGCAGGUGAAGCUUGCCUUCAGUUCUUUGGCCCUCAAGUUGACUGCAGAUGUGAUAAUCUUGGUGAUGAUGAAGGUCAGUGUGAUGACG